CCGACCGACCCAAGAAUAUUUGUUUUCCGUGGUCGAAAGGACAAUUCACAAACGGGCUGUAACGACGACCUUGGACAAAGAGGGAUAAAUCACGAUUCCGGCUCGACAACAGACCAACGCUUGCCAGUGACUACGCGAUUUUUGAACAGACUUUGGACCCAUUCUGCCUCUCUGUCUACCCUUCACUGUUCACUUUAGAUCCUUGAAAUUAUUUUUUCAAGGCAUCAUCAUGAACAGUGCAUCACAACCCAGCGCUCAAAACGCGUCGACCAGAAUGGCCAAACCGCCGCCCGCCGGUCCUGCCCCCCCAGCUCCAGUGCCGGCCUCUGCACCUCCAGCGCCAUCCAAUGCUGGCCGUACGGGUCCACCGCCUCCUAGCCAUCCACCGGCGGUCAACGGCACCCAUCACCAUCAUCACCAGCAUCCACCUCCGUCAAACAACAAGGGGAAGAAGAAGAAUGACGCCCCCGUGGAUCCCGCUGCCAUGUACGAGAGCCUGAAGAACAGAAUAGCUGCUUUGGAGGAGGAGGAAGUGCUCGAAGAGGAAGAGGAACGAAGAUUUGCCGAAGAGGCCCAGAAAUCGGUAAAGGGAUUAGAGGAAAAUGUCAUUCAUGCGAAAUACAUUGAGCUGUUUGCAGAACUCAAACGGCUGGAACGCGAUCAUGCAAAGGAGAAACAGAAGCUCACUAAGGAUAAGGAUGCUGCGAAGAGCCAGCUAACUAAGGCUAACCAGACCAAGACUAAGAUGGAAAACUUAGCAAGAGAGCUGCAGAAGGAUAAUAAGCGACUACGGGAAGAUGGAAAGCGGCUGGCUCAGUCUGUGGAGGACGCUCAGGAUGAGCUCCUCCAGAUGCGGAACGACGUUUCAAAACGCGCCGACAAAGCGAAAAUACAGGACGUCAAAUAUCGAGAAAUGCCCGAUAUCGUCGUCAAAGUGGUAUGUCGGUACCGCGCCGAGCUGUUCUUCAAAAUAUCUCGCAAAACAAAACUUACGAAACUAUUCAACGCGUGGACCGACCGUAUGGAGAAAAAUGGAGGGAAGAAGGACGGGAAGGGUGGUGAGCCUAUCAAUGGAUCUGUGAAGACGGAUGCAGCUAGCACAUUCUCAUCGGGUUCAUCGACGUCUGGUUCGACGAUGCAGUUCAUUUUCACGCACAAUGGACGGACUGCUGAGGCUGACCAAACACCGGAGGAAGCAGGGAUGGAGGAUGGGGAUGAAAUUCUUGCUGUGGAAUUGAUGGACCUCACCGAGGGCGUUUCCGAGGACUUGGACGAAUUCCUGGAACCACAACGGCAAAAACUGAAGAAGAACUGGACAGAGGAUCCGCAGGAAGCGAAACGGACGCUGGAAGAAAUAUUUGAUGGAGUUGUACGAGAACGAAUAAAGGAGGUACUCCGACAGUACGAGCUACGGGAACGACACUUCGAGUGUGUCAUACGGUCAAAAGAGCUGGAGGUGCUUCUUUCACGAGCACGAGCCGCCGAACAAAAGCAGCUGGCAGAAGGGGAAAAAGGUCGCAGGGAUAAACUGGACGAGGAGAUGCAUCAGCUCCGAAAGGAUUUGGAGGAAGCACAGAAUGGUCAGGCAAUGCUCAUUGACAAGCUGAUACAGUGCUGCAAAGAGAUCCGGAACGAAAAGCCCAAUGCUGAACGAACCCAGCGACUAUUCGCCUCCCUGCGGGAAGAGCUUGAGAAGAGAGUACCGCGAACAGUACCCACCACGACGCAGAAGAAGGUGCCAGAUGAACAUGUGCCUAGUUGACACUGCU